CAGCGAGCCAGCACCUGUGCCCAGGCUCGGCCUCAGCUUUCAGCACCUGCCUCCUGGAGGAGCGCAUCACCUCGGCCGCCCUAGCAGUACCCCAGCCCCACGCCUGCGACCACCAUGGCGGAGACCAACAACGAAUGUAGCAUCAAAGUGCUCUGCCGAUUUCGGCCCCUGAACCAGGCUGAAAUUCUGCGGGGGGACAAGUUUAUCCCCAUUUUCCAAGGAGACGACAGCGUCGUUAUCGGGGGAAAACCGUAUGUCUUUGACCGCGUGUUCCCCCCAAACACGACUCAGGAGCAAGUUUAUCAUGCCUGUGCCAUGCAGAUUGUCAAAGAUGUCCUUGCUGGCUACAAUGGCACCAUUUUUGCAUAUGGUCAGACUUCCUCAGGGAAAACCCAUACAAUGGAGGGAAAGCUGCACGACCCCCAGCUGAUGGGAAUCAUUCCUCGGAUUGCCCGUGACAUCUUCAACCACAUCUACUCCAUGGAUGAGAACCUGGAGUUCCACAUCAAGGUCUCUUACUUUGAGAUUUACCUGGACAAAAUCCGUGACCUUCUGGAUGUGACCAAGACGAACCUGUCUGUGCAUGAAGACAAGAACCGGGUGCCAUUUGUCAAGGGUUGUACUGAGCGCUUUGUGUCCAGCCCAGAGGAGAUUCUGGAUGUGAUUGAUGAGGGGAAGUCAAACCGUCACGUGGCUGUCACCAACAUGAAUGAGCACAGCUCUCGGAGCCACAGCAUUUUCCUCAUCAACAUUAAGCAGGAAAACAUGGAGACGGAGCAGAAGCUCAGUGGAAAGCUGUAUCUUGUGGACCUGGCAGGGAGCGAGAAGGUCAGCAAGACCGGAGCUGAGGGAGCCGUGCUGGAUGAGGCAAAGAACAUCAACAAGUCCCUGUCAGCCCUGGGCAACGUGAUCUCAGCACUGGCUGAAGGCACAAAAAGCUAUGUGCCAUAUCGUGACAGCAAAAUGACACGGAUUCUCCAGGACUCUCUGGGAGGAAACUGCCGCACGACCAUGUUCAUCUGCUGCUCCCCAUCGAGCUACAACGAUGCGGAGACCAAGUCCACCCUGAUGUUUGGGCAGCGGGCAAAGACCAUUAAGAACACUGCCUCUGUGAAUCUGGAGUUGACUGCUGAGCAGUGGAAGAAGAAAUACGAGAAGGAGAAGGAGAAGACCAAGGCCCAGAAGGAGACUAUUGCAAAGCUGGAGGCUGAGCUGAGCCGGUGGCGCAAUGGAGAGAAUGUGCCAGAGACGGAGCGCUUGGCCGGGGAGGAUGCUGCCCUGGGACCUGAGCUCUGCGAGGAGACCCCCGUGAAUGACAACUCAUCCAUUGUGGUGCGCAUUGCGCCAGAGGAACGGCAGAAGUAUGAGGAGGAGAUCCGUCGCCUCUACAAGCAGCUGGAUGACAAGGAUGAUGAGAUCAACCAGCAGAGCCAGCUCAUAGAGAAGCUCAAGCAGCAGAUGCUGGACCAGGAGGAGCUCCUAGUAUCCACUCGAGGAGAUAACGAGAAGGUCCAGCGAGAGCUGAGCCAUCUGCAGUCGGAGAACGAUGCUGCCAAGGAUGAGGUAAAGGAAGUGCUUCAGGCCCUGGAGGAGCUGGCCGUCAACUAUGACCAGAAGUCCCAGGAAGUGGAGGAGAAGAGCCAGCAGAACCAGUUGUUGGUGGACGAGUUGUCUCAGAAGGUGGCCACUAUGCUGUCCCUGGAGUCAGAGUUGCAGCGACUCCAGGAGGUCAGUGGACACCAGCGCAAACGAAUUGCUGAGGUGCUGAAUGGGCUCAUGAAGGACCUGAGUGAGUUCAGCGUCAUCGUGGGCAACGGGGAGAUCAAGCUGCCUGUGGAGAUCAGUGGGGCCAUUGAGGAGGAGUUCACUGUGGCCCGGCUCUACAUUAGCAAGAUCAAGUCAGAGGUCAAGUCUGUGGUGAAGCGGUGCCGGCAACUGGAAAACCUCCAGGUGGAAUGUCACCGCAAGAUGGAGGUGACUGGGCGUGAGCUGUCUUCCUGCCAGCUGCUCAUCUCCCAGCAUGAGGCCAAGAUCCGCUCACUUACGGAGUACAUGCAGAGCGUGGAGCUGAAGAAGCGGCACUUGGAGGAAUCCUAUGACUCCCUGAGUGACGAGCUGGCUAAGCUGCAGGCACAGGAAACCGUGCAUGAGGUGGUCUUGAAGGACAAGGAGCCGGACACCCAAGAAGCAGAUGAAGUGAAGAAGGCGCUGGAGGUGCAGAUGGAGAGUCACCGGGAGGCUCACCACCGGCAGCUGGCCCGGCUCCGAGACGAGAUCAAUGAGAAGCAAAAGACUAUUGACGAGCUCAAAGACCUGAAUCAGAAGCUACAACUGGAGCUGGAGAAGCUCCAGGCUGACUACAAGAAGCUGAAGAACGAAGAGCAUGAGAAGAGCGCCAAACUGCAGGAGCUGACAUUUCUGUACGAGCGACAUGAGCAGUCCAAGCAGGACCUCAAGGGACUGGAGGAGACAGUUGCCCGUGAACUCCAGACCCUCCACAACCUUCGCAAGCUGUUCGUUCAAGACGUCACGACUCGAGUCAAGAAAAGCGCGGAAAUGGAACCCGAGGACAGUGGGGGGAUUCACUCCCAAAAGCAGAAGAUUUCCUUUCUUGAGAACAACCUGGAGCAGCUUACAAAGGUUCACAAACAGCUGGUACGUGACAAUGCAGAUCUGCGUUGUGAGCUUCCUAAAUUGGAAAAACGACUUAGGGCUACGGCUGAGAGAGUUAAGGCCCUGGAGGGUGCACUGAAGGAGGCCAAGGAAGGCGCCAUGAAGGACAAGCGUCGGUACCAGCAGGAGGUGGACCGCAUCAAGGAGGCCGUGCGCUAUAAGGGCGCAGGCAAACGGGGCCACUCUGCUCAGAUCGCCAAACCCGUCCGACCAGGCCACUACCCAGCUUCUUCACCCACCAACCCCUGUGGCACGCGGAGCCCCGAGUGCAUCAGCUACACCAACAGCCUCUUUCAGAACUACCAGAACUUGUACUUGCAGGCCGCACCGAGCUCCAGCUCAGACAUGUACUUCCCUAACUCCUGUAGCAGCAGUGCAGCCGCAUCUUCUGGCAGCUCCUUGGCUCCCUAUCAGAAGGCCAACAUGGACAAUGGAAAUGCCACAGAUAUCAACGACAACAGAAGCGACCUGCCAUGCGGUUAUGAAGCUGAGGAGCAGGCCAAGCUCUUCCCUCUCCACCAAGAGACGGCAGCCAGCUAAUCUCUCACAGGAGGGCUCCAUACCUGCACUUUCAG